AUGAAUUGGAUUUACAUCUUAGCCUGCAUCUAUGUAUCGUCACAAUUCCUGCUGCUCGAGGUUGCCGGUUCGGGACUGUUUGAGCUGGAGCUACGCUACUUUCAAAACGAGAAAAGCAUCGACCACAAUGAAAGGUGCUGCUCCGGGAAGGCGGAUGCGCUCGGUCGUUGCAUCGGAACCUGCAAAACAAGGUUCCGAGCCUGCCUGAAGCAUUACCAGGCGACGAUCGAUACAACCUCACCCUGCACCUUCGGUGACGUCAUAACGCCCGUGCUGGAAGGGACGACACUGAACUUUACAGCGAUCACUGGCACAACGGAAGGUUUCGCCAAUCCGCUACGAUUUCCGUUCGAUUUCGGCUGGCCGGGAUAUUUUACACUGAUUAUAGAAGCAUGGCACGAUACAAACGAAACAACGACGCGAUCACCAGGUACCCUCAUUUCCCGCCUCUCAAUCCAGCGCAUAUUGGAAGUUUCGACCGACUGGAUGGAAGACAGUUACAACUCAUCGCACACGAUGAUACGGUAUGCGUUCCGGGUGACGUGCGAUCCGAACUACUACGGUGAUGGUUGUGCCAAUUUGUGCCGCAAGCGGGAUGAUCAAUUUGGCCAUUACACCUGCGCACCGAUCGGUGAACGUGUUUGUUUGUCCGGCUGGCAGGGAGAAUACUGUACCGUUGCCCGCUGCACACCCGGAUGCCUUCACGGACACUGCAACAAACCGAAUGAAUGCAAUUGCCAAUCAGGAUGGAAAGGUCCGCUGUGCGACGAUUGUGAACCCUAUCCCGGUUGCUUGCACGGCACAUGCAAAAAACCCUGGGAGUGCGUCUGCAAGGAAGGCUGGGGAGGGCUGUUUUGCAAUCAGGAUCUAAACUACUGCACCAACCACAAACCUUGCCUGAAUGGGGGCACCUGCUUCAAUACGGGACAGGGUUUGUACACGUGCCAGUGCCGACCGGGUUACAGGGGUACUGAAUGCGAGCUGAGCAUCACGAGCUGCACUGAUCAGCCUUGCCUUAAUGGUGCCACCUGCCAGAAUGUGUCGGAUGGAGAGACCUCGAUGGACGCCGAUGGACGCAAGUAUCAGUGUCACUGUGCGAAAGGUUGGAUGGGUAGGCACUGUGAGCGGGAAGCUAUCACAUGUGCAGAAAAGCCAUGCCAUCAAGGAACGUGCGUCGACGUGGUAGCUACUUCUUCCUCUUCGUCAUCCACAACAUCGAACUUCCGGUGCGAUUGUCCACCCGGGUAUAGUGGGACGGCUUGUGAGAUCAAAUCUGGUGAAUGCUAUUCCAACUACUGUGCAAAUGGUGGUACUUGCCACGUGGCCGGACCAUCUUCCACUUCUGUCUCUACUUCCUCCGCAUCAUCAUCAUCAUCGUCAGUAUCACUUUUUGGAACCGGAAAUAAUAAUAAUGGAUUGUUGAUGUGUUUCUGUCCGGAUGGAUUUGUGGGUGAUCGUUGUGAAGAAAAUGUCGACGAUUGCGUCGGUAAUCCGUGCUUGAACGGAGGCACGUGCCUUGAUGCGGAAAACCAUUUUAAAUGCCAGUGCAUUCCCGGAUUCAUUGGAACGCAUUGCGAGAAAAAGGUAGAUCUCUGUCUCACGAAACCCUGCGCAAAUGGUGGCAUUUGUACAAAUCUGGAGAAUGAUUAUCGGUGCCAGUGUCGGGCCGGUUUUACUGGCAAGGAUUGCAGUGCUGAUGUGGACGAAUGCAUUUCGGCCCCCUGUCGGAACGGUGGCACAUGCAUCAAUAGGGUGAACAGCUAUCAAUGCGUUUGCGCCGGUGGUUACCGUGGCCAUUCUUGUGAGGAAGAGUCAUCCACGGCAGUUCAGCGAGACGCUGCCGUGGAUGGUGGUGACAUUCAUCACCAUCAUCAUCAUCCGCAGCAACAGCAGCGUUACAGCGGUAUAGACGGAGUGGAGAGUAACAGUCGCAAUGCUGAUGGGUUAAGUAGUGGGCAAAUAGUUCUAAUAGCAAUGUUCUCGAUAUCAACUCCUCUGUUGGCAUUUAUCGCGACUACGAUCGUUAUCUGCCUGAAGCGGAAGCGCCAGCGGGAGCAGGAAAAGGACGAUGCAGAAGCGAGAAAACAGAACGAACAAAACGCAUCUCAUAAUCUCUCCGCCUCGUCACACCACCAUCAUCAUCACCAUCUACAGCAGCAGCAGCAACAGCAGCAGCAACAUCAACUUCAUCAUCAACAGUCCUCGUCAUCUACUACAUCGCAGAGUGGCCUGCUUCAUUCCUCGUCCCAGCAGCAGCAGCAACAGCAACAGUACCAUAAUGGUUUUCACAAUCACCUCCAGUCCUCGGGUCAGAAACGGAACAGUAGCAAUACUCUUUCGAACUUCGACAGUUCGCAUCAUAUGAUUAAGAACACCUGGGAUAAAAGCAUCAACAAUAUGCCGUCUCCACCUACGACAGGUAGUGGCGGAGGAGGUGGUAGUGGCGGCGGAAGUAGUAGCAGUGGGAGCUGUAGUGCAAAUGUUGGUGGUGCUGGUGGAAGCGUUGCAUCCGCAGCACUUCUGCUCGGUGGUGUGAAUAUGGAUGAUAAUAGCUGUCUCAUGGCCACGACAGCUGUGGGUGGUGGAGGUGCCGCCGGUGGUGGUGGUGGUGGUGGCGUAACUAGUUCUGGUGCUUUAUUAUACCUAAGCGCCACGGACGAUGGACCGACGCUGACGUCCUCAUCGACAUUGCAACGUGCCAAAUCGCAGAAGCAACUCAAUACAGAUCCAUCGUUACUGUUGCAGCAGCAGCACCAGCACCAAAACCAUCAUACUCCAAUGCUGUCGCAAACAUCUGCAACAUCUCUUCAGCAUACCUCAGCAAACGGCGCAUGUGUAGGUAGCGGUGUACUGUCGUCUUCAGGCGCGGUGUCCUCUGUGGCAACGUCUUGUAGCAGUGCUAGUGGAAAAGAUGUAUUCGAUAAACGCAUAUCAGUGUUGUCCGAAUCGGGACGAUUAUGCCAUUCCCGUUGGAACGCGGCCACACCGGUUGGUGUAGUGGGCGGUAGUCAUACAGUUGUUGGACCUUGCAGUCCUCCACACAUUUAAUCACUAACGAGCACUUCUGUUACAUAGCUUAGCCCUAGGUAACUGGUCGUACUUCACGUACGACGUACGAUGUUAUUACGAACCAUUAAUUUAAUUUCAACCAAAAGAGAUCUACAGAGAGAAAGAUCGCAAAAAUACGCGUAUUUCUAUGCUCUCUGCCAGGAUAUUUGCGAUCAUGAAGCAGGGUCAUACAAUUAGCAGCGUAAUUGUUCUAUAUUCCCACAGAUCCUCAUGGAAACCUUGCAGGGUUUUUCGAAUAUCGGGAUGUGUACAUUUAUUUUUGUUUUUUUUUAAUACCCUAAGUAUAGGCAUUUUAUUAUCCUUAAUUAGAUGACUGUAAGAAACACAUAUUAGCGGAUUCGUUGAACUGUUAGCUUUUCUAAUUUUCCUAUAUGGCCAGAUGUGACGAGUUCAGCACACAGAUAUUUGAUCUUAUGAUCUCCUUAGUAGACGAUCGAAACAUUUUAGGUUGAUCCACUAUUUUCAAUAUUAAGGUUCUAACUUCUACGGUAGAUAAAGCUGAUACGGUGGUUAUGCUGAUGUAUAACCAAUCUUAACAUUUUUUAUUGGAAAAAAGGCUAGAAAGGUAGAUUGCGUUGAACUUUCACUGCAUCAUUUCGUUUAAGUCAAUAAUGAAAAGUAAACGAAAUUGGCUAUGAAAAUGGUCAUGUUUUCUUGUAUUGUAUUGAUUGAUUAACCCUUUCUUGAUAUAUUCAGAAGAUUUUAUGAAAAUGCUCAUAAUCAAAUGGGUUAAAAAUUUCACCGUUUUUUUAACACAGUUCGGUGAACGCAUGUCAGUUGGAAUUGCUUGCUUGCAGUCAGAUUUAUUUCUUAAAAUUCUAACUAGAGUUUUAUUGGACAGAUUACUUAUUUUCUACAUCGGGGAUUUUAUAACGCUAAACUAACUAUUUCAAAAAAGUCUAAUGGUAUGUCCAUUCGAUAUUUUACUGCAGUGAGCAGAAUCCGUUUGGGAUUUAAACAAAUGGUGAAAUAAUUACAUACGUAAAUGUAAUACUUGUAAUAAUAAUUAUUAUAACUAGUAAACACAUUAUUGUCAUAGAUUCCCAAGAGUAUAUGCGAUGGUGCAUUGCGCUAUUGCUGCACGUUUGCAAUACAUUUUUUUAAAUAUUAUCUUAGCGACUGCAAAUGGCCAGUAGGUACUUAAUACAGCGUACUACCACUUUAAAUGCACUGUUGUUGCUUUUGCAUAUCUAUCACCGUUAAACAGAGUCAGUUCACUAUUAGGUUAUUGGUGUUUAUUUGCAUGUGUCAUGCUGGGGGAAGUUACGAAAAACACACAGCGUAGGAGAAAACGAACGGGAAUUCAGCAGAAUCAUCUCUCUAGUUGACAAUCUCGCAUAUUUGUAUGACUAGAAAAGGAACAAAAACGUGUGCGCGAAGAAGUACUGUUAAAUGAUAGCUACCUUGAUAGAAACGUGCAUAUAGUAGUUGUAUCAGUUUAUCUCGAUUCUUUGCCAUGUAGCGUGUUAUAUAGAAACAUAUAAGAGAAGUAUCAUACCAUUUUAUACAAAGAAAAAAUAUAACUAUUGAUGUUCUCUCUUUGUGUUAUUCCACUAUAUGUCUAUUUAAAGAUAUCGUUUGUUAAAUUAACAAUACUUUCAUUGUGUUACUGAAGCGCGAAUCCGAGAAAUUCGUGUGCUUAUUUUUGUGAUUUUAUUUAAAAUUAUCUACCAUCUUUCACCUUCGAAUUUCGCUGUGUUAGCGAAGAAGUUAUUGUGGGAAAAACUUCAAACAUAUUUAAUUGUCGAUCGGUACCGUUUAUGAUUAAACGCGCGAUCAUUGCUCUCUUUUAUACGUUAUGUACAAACAAAACAUACUAUUAAAAGGUUUUUUUUCACAAUAUAGAGUUUAGAUUGCGAACAUCUCCAUCGACGACGUAAUUAUUUCGAUAGAACACUCAUGCAACGCAUAAUUUUCCUUUUUUACACCUAAAACCUGAGCAAGAUGGUCACCAAGCAAAUUUCUCACCUUUUCCACAUUACACAGUGCGAUGAAAUACAAUCAGUUUUUGGUAAAUAAUAGAUAACAGGCCAACCAAGCGUUUUGUUGUGGCAAAAAUGUGAUACCGUGUAGUAUGUAAUGAAACAUUCGAACGUGUGUCGAGUUGUAACAAUUAAAGUAAUGCUUCAUAAGAUGAACAAACAAAGCGAAAGAUCAGCAAAAAUAUUGAGCAUACAGAGGAUGGGAAUAUCAUACUUUGAGAAAACAUCAGCAUCAACGUAUGCGUUCGUAAUAAGGCCGAGAAGAACAAAGACUAAGUCAAUUAAAGAAGAAGAAACAAGCUAAAUAUUAACAUAUCGCAAAAGAUAUAUGACGUACGGCAUAGUUUUGAAAACGAACUUAAAAAUAGUAACAUAUUACCACCACUAGGUCCUGCCCAACCCCAAUCACCCAUGUGGUAACACAGCCAACAGUACUAGAAUUAUAUCGCUAUAAGGGAACGAAAUGACUGAACUAAAAGUGUACAUUUUAUAGUAGCUAUUAGCGUACGGUAUUCGCAAGAAAAGAUAAUAUUAUUAUUUGGACCCAUUUAUACUAAUUAGCGUAAAAUGUUGUUCUAACUAUGCCGUCGCUAUUUUUCGAGGGAAACCACCAUUUUCACACAUAUCCUAUUGAAUCUGUGUACUAAUCCUCAUAUAACCCUGUGCAACUCGUUCACACACGUGCAAAGUUCCUUAAACAUGGCACUAUGCAUGUGGUUGUGUAAUGGUAGGAAGCAUUCAAUGAUUUACAUUGAGCAUUUACGAGGAUGGAUUUUACAUAGCAGUACGAUUGCAGCAAAGUGUACUGCAGUUACUAAGCACGCAGAUUCAUAAUGAACAAGUUGGAAGCUGGCUUCUCUUAUUGUAAAUGAAAGUAUAUAGAUGUAUUUGUAUUUGUCUAUUUAUUUUUACUUACUUGCCUGGUCGUGUCGUCGUCUAUACUGCGUUGCACAAGCAUCUUAACCAGGCAGACAUUUAGAUUGUAUAGCAUUUGUACCAAUUUGUGUUAUACUGCAGUAUGGAAAGCAAAUACGAGACUUUGUCCAAACCUAAUCCGAAGAAACAAUGUUGUAAAGAGAACAGCGGGGUGUACAGAAGCCAAAACAGUCAAAAGGGCGGGCAUGAAAUUGUUUCUUUACGUCUUCAGUCGAGGUUUGAAAAUUACCUGAAUUUAACAGUGUACGUGUGUAUAGCAAUGAACUUUUCAUAUCAGUAACUAUUACAUUGUAAGAUUAAUUGUAUAGCAGUAACUUUGUAGAACAGGAAUGUAAUCGUGGAUGGUGUGUAAAUUAUAAGGAUCUACAGUUUGGAUGUUCAGAAUUGGCAUUCUGAUUUUUCUAACCUAAUU